GCGAAGGGCUAAUAUGUUGUAGUUGUUGUACAUUUCGCGGCCAAAGACAAUCGCGACAACUUAUAGGGAGGAAAUUGCCUUUCCUAUAAAUUUUCCUUAAAUUUGCGUUACGCAGUCGCGGAAUUUCCUCUAUAAAUAUUUGCGCUAAAACGUAACUGUAUAUCCCUGCCGUCGUAGAGGGUGUUUGCAAAGCACGCGGAUCACCAUUCCAUUCAUUUGCAGACCAUAUUUCUGUGUCAUGCGAUACAAUUCUCACAUUAAUUAAAGAUGAAUACGCAGGGAAACUCAAGUCCUCACCAAUUAAUUCUUGUAGUCGAAGGAACUGCAGCCCUCGGCCCAUACUGGUCUCUGUUGCGUUCCGAGUACAUUGAUAAGAUUAUCAGGUCCUUUUGUGGAAAUGAGCCGGGUAGUCAGAAGAGUUCUAGGCCAAACAUUCGAAUGGCACUUGUACAGUUCUACUGUCAUGGACCUCACAGUGUUGGUUCGGUGCAGCGGAGUGCAUGGACAACAAGUUUGGACACUUUCCAACAGUGGCUUUCAGAUAUCAAUUUCUGUGCUGGUGGCCUUGGGGAAGUUGCCAUAGCAGAAGGCCUUGCCGAAGCAUUAACGUUGCUUGCACCAAGCCAGACUGUGGCUCAGAUGACACAGGGGAUGGACAGCCAAAAUCACUGUGUGUUAGUUGCAGCAUCUAAUCCAUACCCUCUUGCAACUCCUGUUCCACGACCAUAUGGGCAUAAUCCAAGUCAGCAGAACACAAAUUCAGAAUUCCAACCACUGCAAUGGGUUGCAGAUGCAGAUACUGUUGCCAAGGCAUUUGUGCAGUACUCUGUUUCUCUCUCAGUAAUUGCACCCAAACAACUUCCCAAGCUAAAAUCAGUAUACAAUGCGGGCAAACACAAUCCAUCAGCAACAGAUUCAGUAAUGGAAAAUAUGAAAUAUUCACAACACUUGGUUGUCCUUUCUGAGAGUUUUAUGGAUGCAUAUUCUGCUCUAAGUUGCUCUGGAGCAACGUCAAUGAAUGCAAGCACAAAUUUGAUAAAGACCGAUUUACCAUCUGCACCUACACAUUCUGGUCCUCUACAACCGCAGACAACUGCUGUCAGACCUUCAUCAGGCCAAGCAGUGAACGGAGUCAUGACUGGAUAUCCACAGGCAACAAACAGAACAACUCUUCAAGGAACCGUGAAAAUGGAAGUUCCCUCCAGUGUGUCUCUGGCACCAGUACCUGGUUUGCCUCAUAUGACUCCCAGCUCGCUUUUACAUGGUACUUCACAAGGAGCUCCUGGUCAAUAUUCUUCAUCUACAGUUCUUUCCACUCAAGAUACAAAAGCAAACAUAGAUGUAACAGAUGGGCAAGAUUUCAAAUCAAUUGCUACCAAUGCAUCACAGCAACUUCGCACUACAACACCUUCCACCACAAAUGUAAACUUGUUGAAUAAUCUCUCACACUCACGUUUGCCUCCAGCUGCUUUGCCAGGAGCAAGUACUCUAGGGCUGCAAACAGGCAUUGUUCAAGUGGGCAUGCAAGCAUCUAGUUUGCUUGCUAAUGGAAUGAGCUCGACACCAAUAUCAACUUCUCAGAAUGUUCAAGUGACAGGACAGCCUGGAUUGACAUCUGCUGGCAUGGUUGGAGUUGGGCAGAUAGCUCCAAAUGUUUCACAAAAUUCAUUUGGUGCUGCUACAGUAAGCCUAGGUGCUGGACAACCAGUAUCUUCUGUUAAUUCUGGUAUUAAUGGCACACAGGGAACUGUUGGUAUGGGGCAAUCUGUUCCAGGGAUGGUCAAUGGAGGAAUGACCACAGGAUCUUUAAUAGGACAGAGUGGUGUGGGUAUGAGCCAAAAUGUACUGUCUGCUAUGGGACCUGCUAGCAUGAGUUCUGGUGCAGGAACAGUGGUCCCCAAACCUACUUUAAAUCAACCAGUUCAACUAGGAAAUUUACAAGCACUUGGAGGGGGUAACACUUCUACGGGUAAUCUUCAGUUACCAUCAACCGCCACUACUACUCAGCAGCCAGUGCCAGCAGCGAAAUACACAAAAGUUUGGGAAGGUAUGCUAGGAGGUCAAAGGCAAGGAAAGCCUGUUCCUAUUUGCAGGCUUGAGGCUUACAGGAAUAUUACUUCACCAGAAACGUUGUUCUUGAGGUAUAGACAAAAAUGGAGGGCCCUUUGUAGGUUCAAGAUUGGAAGACUUGCUGUAGAUUGGCCAACAUCGAUGCAAAUAAUCAGGCUUAUUUCCCAGGAGCAUAUUACCAACAAACAUUACCAAGGAAAAGCAGAAUACCUGAUCUUCAGACCAAUGACUCAACAUGGCUUCUUGGUGCAGCUUUCCGAAAAGAAGCUUUCUGCAGUGAUCCAACUGCCAAACCAGACACUGUUACUUUCUAGCUCUGAUAGACCAGGCCGAAUGAUUGGCAUGCUUUUUCCUGGGGACACUGUUGUUUUCAGGCCACAACUACCAAAUCAGUCACAUCUGCAACAGCAGCCCCAUCUACAACAGCAGCUACAGCAGCAACAGCAGCAGCUCCAGCAACAGCAGCUCCAGCAACAGCAGCAGCCACAUCUACAACAGCAGCUCCAGCAACAACAGCAGCAGCCACAUCUACAACAGCAGCAACAACAACAGCAGCUCCAGCAACUCCAGCAGCAGCAGCAGCAGCAGCAGCAGCAGCAACAACAACAGCAGCUCCAGCAACUCCAGCAGCAGCAACAGUUGCAGCAGCAGCAGCCACAAGGAAUGCCCUCAGCAAUUGGGCAAGCAUUUGCCCAAAGUCAGCUUCCCAAUCAAACCAGGCCACAAUUCAUAUCACAAGGCCAGUUCCAAGGUCAUGGUCCUGCAAGUAUGCCAGGAUCUGGUUACUUAACUUAAGCAGAGUUUUUAUGUGGAUUGAUUUGUAUGUAGUGUAAAACACACCAUGUAACAGUCUUGUAGAUUAGUAAAACUGCAAUGUACUGAGAUUUAGUAUUAUCUAUGGAUAUUAGUAAUGGAAUGUCUAGUUUCACAGGGACUUUUACCCCGCCCUUUGGGGCCAUCCUGAACAUUCUGGAUGUUUUGGGGAUGUCAAGUACUGAGAUUUAGUAUUAUCUAUGGAAAUUAUGUUUUUGGGUGGAUAUAACAUCCUUGAUACAUCGAUGGACCUCCCCCAUCUGCUAGGGACAUACUGGGAGCUUCUUAACAUCCUGAAUGCCAAUUGUUGUUUUUGCCAAAACAGAAAAUAUUUAGUAAAAUUGUUAAAAACAAAAAAAAAUUUGUAAUA